AUGAGGCUGCUCCAUGUUCUGGGAGCGCUUCUGGCGUCGACCCAGGUGGCUGCUACCGCCGUCUUCGCACACUUUAUGAAGUACGGCGGCCAGUCGACCUACUUCCAGUAUAAAGGCAAGCCUUUAGUGUCCACCUUUGAGGGUCCAAACAACGCAGACGACUGGGUCGGCAUCAAGCAGGCCACUGGUUGCUUCUUUGUGCCUGACUGGUCAUCCGUGGGCGCUGGGCCGGCCAUCGCUUUGGCUGGCGGUGUUGCGGAUGGUCUGUUCAGUUGGGCAGGUUGGGCCUAUGGAAAGAACAACAUGACCACCUACGUCGAUGCUUCGUAUAACCAGGCGUUGAAGGCCGGUUCCAAGCCGUACAUGAUGCCGGUAUCGCCCUGGUUUUACACCAACCUUCCUGGCUAUAACAAGAACUGGGCCUGGCGCGGGGACAACCUUUGGUAUGACCGCUGGCAGCACGUCUGGAAUGUCAAGCCCGAGUUCGUCCAGAUCAUCUCGUGGAACGACUACGGCGAGUCCCACUACAUCGGUCCCUUGGACGACCGGCAGUACGAGGCCUUCGAGAUCGGCCAGGCCCCCUUCAACUACGUCAAGGAUAUGCCCCACGACGCAUGGCGCGCCCACCUGCCAUUCCUCAUUGACACAUACAAGAACCUCAACCCGGCCGUCGGUAAGGAGAGCGUCGUCAUGUGGUACCGCGAGUCGCCCGGCAAGGUCUGUCGCGACGGCGGGACAACGGGCAACACGGCGAACCAGCUGCAGGUCGAAUUCGAACCUUCCGAGAUCUUUGAGGACCGCAUCUUCAUCGCGGCGCUGAUGGCCGAACCGGCGAACAUCCAACUGACGGACGGCGAGCACCUCAACGAACUUGUGCGUGAGUCAGAGUGGGCGUACAUCCCGGCCGGCGGCGUCGGCAUCUACCAGACCAGCAUAGCCAUGGAGACCAUGCUUGACAUGGGCGGCGAGAUCACGGCUGAAAUCUACCGCACAAGUUUAAGCAAAUGCUAG